UUAUUUCAUUAAUGGCCGAGGAUCAGUCGAGUUCACUGAUAUUGGACUAAAGAAGCGUAGCAGGUGCAAUGUUGUGCUGCCCGUGUUUCCCCAGUGGAAAGCGCGAGAAAGUCCGCCCAGAGACGGUGCAAGAGGCUGCAAUCCCCAGACCUCCGAGGAGCCGCCCCCUUCUCAAGAGGCUGAGGAGAUUGUUUAAAAGAGCUGAGAAGAAGACUAAAGAGUCUGUCACCCCUCAGACGAGCACCCUUGUGGUAGAGGGGCCAAUUAAAGACGAGGUUCCAUCCCCAGAGUGUCAGCCUGAGGUCCCUGCCACCACCGUCACCUCUGAUGCCCCUCAGGACCUCACAAAGGAGGAGGAGGAGAAGAGGAAGGGAAAGGAAAGCCCUGUUUGGGCAGGAAGAAUCGGCCUCCAGGAGGAGGACAUGAUGGUGGAGAACCUGGAGGGAGGGGAGGACACCAGCUCCUCUCAUGCCCCUUUGAUGGAGACCUCAUCCAGGACUACCAGCGUCUCCUCUCUGGACCGAUUAUUGGUCCAGGUGAUGGGCCAGUCGGUAGGGAGGGCAUCAAGGGGCAGGAGCAGAAGCCCCUGCUCGGCCCGAACGACCCCCGAGUCCCCCAUGGCGUUACUCCACCAGUUCCUGCAGCUGCAGUGCAGAGGGCUGCCCAAUCUGGGGCAGACGUGCUACGUCAACGCCGUGCUGCAGUGUCUCAUCCACCUGCAGUCCCUCUGCUCCCAGCUGCUGCUGCAGGAGGCUGUAUGGAGCAUCAAGCCGGAGGCCCUGCUGCUCAGAACAUUCGUGGGACUCGUACGCCUGCGAGGGUCCACUGACAUGGACAUCAAGGCGGCAGUGGUCUUUGAAUUCAAGGAGAACAUUGCCCUGCACAACCAGGAGUUUGAGGGGAACUCCCAGAAUGACGCCCAUGAGUUUCUCUCAGAGUGUCUGCUGAGGCUGAGUGCCAUUGGCCAGGAGCUGGCCAUGGGGGACGUGGCCUACCAGUGCCCAGUGGACAAUCUGCUCUCCUUCCAGCUCCACUAUAUAAGAACUUGCCAGAGCUGUAGAGUUGAGAGCUCGAGGGAUGAGCUUAGCACCAUGCUCUCCCUUGACCUGGUUGUGCAGGGAUCAGUGGAAGACAGCCUGCAGCUCUAUUUCGCUGAGACUGCAGUGGAGUUCCGGUGUGAUUGUUGUGAGGGUCGGGACUCUUCCCUAAGAUGCAAUUUCAACACUCUGCCUCAGGUGUUGAUCCUCCAUCUGAAGAGGUUCUGUCCUAUGACCCUCACAAAGCGACAUCAGGCGGUCACACUGGAACCCAUCCUGAACCUGAGGGCACUGGGUGAAAGGAGUGAAGAGGCCAUCAGGACUCCUUCUCCUCCAACUAGAGCAGUGUCCAGUGUAGAUGGAGAGACAGGGCCAGAGACCAUGGAGACAAGCAGCCAGUACAAAUUGAUAAGUAUACUGAGCCACAUUGGGUCAGAUGCCACCAGCGGCCACUACAUCGCCGACUGCCAAGAGCAACCAGGCCAGUGGGUGUUAUAUGAUGACGAUGACAUCUCCUUAACAUCGGAGGAAACUGUCCUCAAAGACAGGGAGAGGACGGCUUACAUUCUGUUUUACAUUAAACAGUGAGGCAGAUCACCCACCUUCCCACAUUGUCUGCCCCCCCAUAUCAUCACCAAGGGGGAAAGAUUGGAUAAAGGGAGUCCACUACAUUGCUGACUGCUGACCAGGCCAGUGGGUGUUGUAUAACAACCAUGAAGUCACCCUAACAUCGGAGGAGGUGGUCGUUCUCAAAGACAGGGAAAUGACAGCCUACAUUCUGUUUCAUGUCAAAAAGUGAAGCAGAUCAACACCCCAUCAUCAUCGGGGGUAAAAGGUGUCAGGAUCACUUUAGGAACCACUUCAUCAGGCUGGCAACCAAUGGGCGAGCCCUCCAUAAAGGCUAAAUCAAGUCAGAUAGGACAAAGACAGGCCACUACAUUGAACAUGAGGUCACCCUAACAUCAGAGGAGGCCGUCCUCAAAAACAGGGAGAGGAUGGUCCACAUUCUGUUUUACAUUAAAAAGGUGUCAGCCCCUCUAGCAGACUGGCAACCAAUGGGCGACCCCUCAAUGAAGGCCAAAUCAAAUCACACCAACAUCAAUGUCCAGUCAGUCAGAUCGGAUGAUGAUAGGCCACUACAUCAGCGACUGCCAAUAGCAGCCAGGCCAGUGCGUGUUGUAUAAUGACUGUGAUUUCACCCUGACAUCAGAGGAGGCCGUCCUCAGACACGGAGAGGACUGCCAACAUUCUGUUUUAUAUCAAAAAGUGAGGAAGAUCACACCCCUAACCACCCCACCUGCUGUCCCCAAUCUCAUCAGGGGUAAACGGAGUUAACACCAUUGCAGCAGGCUGGUAAACAUUGGAUGACCCCUCCAUAAAGGUCAAAUAAAAUCAUAUUACACCAACAUUUUAUUUCUUAUGGAGAAUGGACAGAAUGUGUGACCUGUGAAAACGUUGUUUUAUCACUAAUUUUUGAUAAAAUACAAUGUGGCGAAAAAAUUCAAUAUUAUGGAAAUUGAUGUCAUGCGGUGUGUUGAGCUCGGCUUGAUCCAAGGAGUCCAGCACGGUCAUUGUUGAAAAAUGGGCAUAACGUUCAAAAGUUAUG